UCAGCAUCCCUAUGAGCUGCAGAAGCCACGCUCCUCAAAGUGAUGCACGCCCCAUCAGCACAAACACUUUUAUUUUGAGCCGUCAGCUCCCUUCCCCAAUGUGGGCCAGGACUGUGCCUUUAUGUGCUCCAUGUUCUGCUGCUGUGUGAGCCCCCAGCAGCCCCCAAGAAGCACAACAGCAUUUCCAGAGCAAAACCUCCAAUCAGCAAUGCCCGAAUUCCUCUGUUACUUUCACUUUUGAGUGGAGGAGGUGCAGAAGGAAAUGGGCGUUCUGGAUGUGACAUCUCAUUCAGCGGUUGCAUUUCCUGCUCCUGCCCUCCACCCUUUGCUGGCAGAGCCAGGACUGCACGGUUGGGUGGGCUUCAUGAAGACGAUGUUUUUUGGCUGCUGCUUCCACUGCCCUAUGCUGGCUGCUGUCCUUUACAGUUUCGUUUUCCACAUUCACGAGCUGCAGUCAGCCCCAUUCAGCGUGCAGGGCCCCCCUGACCCUGUGGCCGUUGCUGUGGGGCAGGACGUGGUGCUGCAAUGCCGUCUGUUCCCGGAGCAGAGCACACAGGACAUGGAGGUGACGUGGUUUAGGGACCAAUUCACACCCUUCGUGCAUCGCUACAGGGAUGGCCAGGACCAGUAUGGGGACCAGGAGCUUCGAUACCAAGGGCGCACGGAGAUGCGCCUCGCCAAUGGCAGCGUGAGCCUGAGAAUUCUCCGUGUCCAGCUGUCUGACAAAGGGUGUUAUACCUGCUUUGUUCGUACUGAUCUGGGAUACGAUGAGGCUGUGGUGGAGCUGAAGGUGACAGCCAGUGGCUCAGCUCCGCUCAUCGCACUGCAGCGCUACCAGGACGGCGGCAUCCGCGUGGCGUGCCGCUCGGCAGGAUGGUUCCCGCAGCCCCAGCUGCUGUGGCGGGACCCCCAUGGGCAGUGGCUGCCCUCCCUCUCUGAAAAUGUCACCCAGGACGGCGAUGGCCUCUACACAGCAGAGAGUGUCCUCGUCCUCGCCAGUGGUGUGAGCCAGGAGCUGGCCUGCGUGGUGAGGGCUGCGCUGCACAACCAGGAGAAGGAGUCCGCGUUCUCCAUCGCAGAUCCCUUUUUCCAAAACGCCAGACCAUGGAAGAUCGCCCUGAGCGUGGUAUUGGUUGCAGUGGUUGCUCUCUCCAUCGUUGCUGUUUAUCUGCUGAAAAUGAAAGGAAAGUAUGAGAAAAAAAUAGCAGCACAAGCUGCAGAGCUGGGGGACCGCGACUCCACAAUUGAGAAACAAGCUGGGGAACUUGUGUGGAGAAGAUACGCAGUGCCGAUUGAAGACGUGAAGGUGGUUCUGGACCCGGACACGGCCCACUGCGACCUGAUCCUGGCUGAUGAUGGCAGGAGUGUGAAGCGCACAGACCGACGCCAGGACGUCCCCAGCCGCCCCGAGCGCUUCGAUCCCUGGCGCUGCGUGCUGGGCUGCAAGGGCUUCACGGAGAGGAGGCACUGCUGGGAGGUGGAGGUGGUGCUGGAUGGAGGGGGCUGGACUGUGGGCGUCUCUCGAGAAGAUGUGAGGAGGAAAGGGGAGAUUGAGUUCAGCCCAGAGGAAGGCAUCUGGGCUGUGGGGCAGUGGGCAGGGCAGUUCCAGGCGCUCACAUCUCCGCAGCGCACGCUCCUUCCCGAUGUUCACACUCCCACGCGGGUCCGGGUCGCUCUGGAUUACGAAUUGGGCCGGGUGGCGUUCUUCAGCGUGGAUGAGGAGAACCCCAUCUUCACAUUUCCACCGGUGUCGUUCCAUGGGAUAAAAGUCCACCCCUGGCUCUGGCUGGGUCCUGGUACGCAGCUCAAAAUGUGGCCCUGAUGAAGAGGAGGAGGAAAAUGAAGGCAACGCGUGGGAUUGAUCCCUACUGAUAAACAACCAGCCUGUAUCUGGUGGGAUGAAUUUGCCAUCUCCAUCUACAAGGGUAAAUGAUGUUACCUCUCUGGACCUCUGCCCCAGGGCUGUUUAGUUUUAGGGAUAUGCUUCAUCUGAGGCCAGAUGUGCUGUCACACUAGCUCCUUCACUCAUCUGAUGUCCAGUAGGCAUGGACCUUUCCAAAUGAAGGCUUUACCUGUAUGGCCAAGUGCGUUUUUUAAUUCCAAAAAUGAAUGAGGAUACGCUUGUAUGCAACACAAAUAGUCUGUUCACACUCAGCCCAGGAGCACUGAACCUCACUGCAGAGAAUUCCAAAAGGAACAGCUCAGAGAUGCAGCAUGAGCUCGCAGCAAGGUUCUCCAGGUGUUUGCUGGAAUAUACAAGAAGAAGCUUCCUCUAUAGCAGGACCCCUCAUGUGAGCACUGCAAGAAGAGCCAGAGCCAAAGUGGGGACACUGAAAUCUUUCCCAUUCUCCUCCUUUACCUGUGCAGAAGCUUGAGAUCCUGCAGAACACAGGCAUGAGCUCCUGCUUCAGGUAUGGCAGCGGAGGAAAGUGGAAAAGCCAUCUGAGGAACACGUCAUGAUUGCAAGCCGAAAGUAAGACUUCCAGCUAAGAGUAAUUUCAGGCAGGAAUAACACAGGGCAGGUAUGGUGGUGGGAGGGUAAGCACUAAUGAAGAAAGCAGUGUUGCAAAAUAGCAUGCAGGGGAAUGCUUCACUGCUACUAUCAGUCAUUAUUUCUUAAUUAGUAAAAACUAAUUCAAAGAGAGAGCAGUGACAGUGGUGCAAUGCAUUCCCUUUUAUAAAAAGUGGUCCAUUGCAAUUAGGUAAACAUCUUAAUAAGUAAGAUCCGUUUUCAGAUGGGUUUUCAGCAGUUUCACAGUGACAAAAGGCUGCACAAAACAAAAAGCAUACCCUGCCGGAGCUACGGGGUGCUACCAAGAAACACAGUGCCUCCCAGUUACAACUUGAUUAACGUGCAUUUGUGUAUAUACAUAUACACACAUCCGCAUACCCAUGUGCAUAGGUAAAUCUCACCUUUGAGAUGCUUUGGGCAAAUCAGGAGGGGAGAAUGAGGCAGAGCUGAGGAGGGUGCACAGACCACAGCAGCCAGCAGAGGGGAAUCGUGGUUCUGGGGCCAGCACCAAACUUCCCAUACUGAUGGGAGCAGAAGCAAUGCAGUGCAAGAGAGGAAAUCAUGUGCAGUCUUAAUCCUGGGGACUAUGAGAGACUGCAGGGGAACAUCUGAUCUCUCCCUUCCUACUCCAUGCAUUCUGUUGGAAACCACUGCUGCAAAGUCAAAAAGCAGCCCCCAAGUCCUGCCUCUGCUGCUGCCUCCAACUCAUUCACUGCAAGCUGAACAGUAACACUGCAAUUUGGCUCCUUGGAUGAUCAAUAUUGCUAAAUCUGGAGCCUGGGGGACUCACAGAUGGGCAACAUCAGUCAGACAAAAAUCAAGACAUCUUUUCAGAUAUAUAAUAAUAUUUGGGGUAGGAACAGUUCUGAGAAUCAAAACACCUGGACUGUAAAUUAUAAGUAGAUUUGAGGAAGAAGUCUUGCUUAUAAACACUUCAGGUUGAAAAUGUUUACAUGUUUUCAGACAAAACAAAUGUAGGACUACCUAAGCUGGGGGUGAGAGUUUGAGAAAGGAAUGACAGAUAGCAAAUUGAGGGAGGUCAUUCUCCCCCUCUGCUCCAUUCUUAUGAGAUUCCACCUGUGCUCCGCUCAAAGGCCUCAGCACAGAAAAGAUGUGGAUCUAUUGGGGAGAGCCGAGAGGAGGUCAUGAAGGUGCUCAGAGGGCUGGAACACCACUCCCAUGGAGGGCAGGGAGAGCUAAGUUUGUUCAGCCUGGAGGAGAGAAGGCUCUGGGGAGAGCUCAUUGCUGCAAACCAUUCUGUGAUUAUAUUCCAUAAUUCUGUGAUCAUGAGGUCAAGGUCUGCCUGAGCAUUAGUUUGCUGGUGGGAGGUGGUAAAAUAUUGCCUUUGUAUCACUUGGGGGUUUUGUUGAUGUUUUUUUCUCUUGGCCUUUAUUAAACUCACACUAUCUCAA